GUCGGGCAGCGAGGAUGGUCAAUUACGUAGUCCCACAGAUGCCCAUAUGUUUAGUGGUGACGAUGAGGAACAUGACACCGAUUCAUUGGACAUAAAACCACCACAGGCUCAGGUGGCCCGCGACUCAAGCGGUUCGCGACGCAAAGAAAGAUCCAAAGACAAGAAACAUUCCAAAGAGCGUAGACACAAGGAUAGGCCAGAUCGCUACUCGGAGGGGUCGUUACGUGAAAAGGAUUACCGAGAACGAGAUGAGCGGCCCGAACGGCGUAGUGAUGCGGAUCGUAAGGAAAUGAAGAGAGGGGGUUUUGAGAGAGACGAAGAGAUGUUUCGGGCGAGUGACAAACAGCGUUAUCACAAACACUAUGACCAUAUGGGCGGCGGACCAAUGGGAGAAAAUAAUUCCAGAUCCCGGGGCGGUGCGGCGGCUGCCAUGUAUCACCAAGAUAUGGGCGGUAGUUAUCACCAUGGUGGCCAUCCAGAGCACCAAUAUCAUCAGUAUCACAUGCACCAGCCACCCAGAAGUCAUCAGGAUUACUAUGAUCAUCGACGUCAGGACUAUCAUCAGCAACAUCGUCACCACCAACCACCCACCGAUUAUCAUCACCACCACCACCAACAGCAGCAACAAAGACAUCAACAGGCCUAUGAAAAUGUCCGCAGCCACAGUAAACAUUACGAUCAACGUAAAUACUAUGACCAGGCGGUGGUGGCCAAGGAUCCAGAAAGCCUGGAACAGGAUUUGCGUUCGCGAUUGCUAAGCAAACGUCAUAAAUAUGUCAAGGAUGAUGUCGUCAUGGAUGUUGAUGAGGGUGGCGGUCUGGUGUACGAACGCAACGAAAGGCUGUACGAUGAGAGGGAAAGUAAAUCGGAGCGUCACAAAGAACGCAGACGUAAAGAUCGUGACAACAAUGAUGUUGUCCUGCUCGAUGACAACUCCGAUGGGGAACGUCAGAGGCGACGCAAGAAACACAAACGCCACAAAGAUAAACAUGCCAAGCAGCGUUAUCUGAAUGAGCAGGAUGAUGACGAGGAUGGCGAGAAUGAUGAGAUGCUCGUGGAGGAGGUGUCGGCCAGGAAAGAGGGUAAAAAAGAUAAAGAUCUGACGGGUAAGAAACCUGAAACUGUGAAGGAGAAGAGUCCCGAGGACCCCGAACUGGUGGCCAGACGGGCCAAGAUAUUGGCUGCCGAACAGGAGAAGGACAAACGCCGUGAUAUUGCACGCAAGGAAUUGGAGGCCCGUCGUGAAAUGUUGCGAGAACGUGGAUCCAUUGUGGAUGCUUUGAGUCCCACCGCUGUGGCGGCCAGUGUGACCGCCAGUCUACAUGUUGUCAAACGCAAACACAAUGACAAGGAGGAGAAGUCGAAACGCAAACGUCUCAAGAAAUCCAAAGAACAGAAGGCAGAUGACGAGGAUGAUGAUGAGGAGGAUUCGGAAUCGGAUUCAUCAGAUUCCGAAGAUUCCCAGGAGAGCGGCAACGAACGUACCGAAAAAUCUGACGAAUCGGAUGAUGAAACCGAUCGCAGUGAUUACAAAAAAUCCAAAACAAAAAAGAAAAAAUCCGACUACAUUAGUGAGGGUGAAAUCUCCGAUAGCCCCUUGUCCAUGGGGGAGCUAUCCAAAUCACCGGAGGCCUCAAGAUCUCGGCGUGAUAAGAAAAAGAAAAGCACAAAGGUGGUGGACACCAAGGGUGGGGGUGAUAAAAACAAAUUGAGGCCCACGGAAACAAUAUCCCUCUCGCCCAGCUUGAGUACCAGCUCCCGCUCACGUUCCCAUACCCCAGCCGAGUCUCGCUCCAGAUCACGCAGCCGAUCACGUUCAAAAUCCUAUAUUUCACGUAGUUCCAGAUCACGAUCCCAUUCGAGCUCUAACUCAUCCGCCCGCCACAGUCGUUCGCGAUCACGUUCAAGAUCUCCUCGGUCGCGUUCACGUUCCAGAUCUUCACAUUCGCACAGCUCGGGUGGCAGUAGAUCUGACCGCAGCCGGUCAGCAGUACGUUCAAGAUCACGUUCCCGAUCCCGGUCACGUUCUGAGGAGCGCGAUAUGAAGGCCAACUCCAAGCGGGAGGAAAAGGAAAACAAAGACAAUGAACAGGGAGGUAAUGCUAGAAAGCAGCAGGAUGAGUCCGAUUCGGAGGCACCACUGCUCGAUGACAAAGGCAAUCCCUUGCCGAAUUAUUAUCCUGGCAUACAAGGUUGCAGAUCUGUCGAAGAAUUCCAAUGCCUCAACCGCAUAGAAGAGGGUACCUAUGGUGUGGUGUAUCGCGCAAAAGACAAGCGGACCAAUGAAAUUGUGGCCCUAAAGCGUUUGAAAAUGGAGAAAGAAAAGGAAGGUUUUCCCAUUACCUCGCUGCGGGAAAUUAACACCCUGCUCAAGGGUCAGCAUCCGAAUAUUGUGACGGUACGGGAGAUCGUAGUGGGUUCGAAUAUGGAUAAGAUUUUUAUUGUCAUGGAUUAUGUUGAACAUGAUCUGAAAUCGCUAAUGGAAACGAUGAAGGCGAAAAAACAAUCCUUUUUCCCCGGCGAAGUUAAAUGCCUCACCCAACAGCUGUUAAGGGCUGUGGCUCAUUUACAUGAUAAUUGGAUUUUGCAUCGUGACUUAAAGACUUCAAAUCUACUGCUAUCACACAAGGGUAUCCUAAAGGUGGGAGAUUUUGGUUUGGCCCGUGAAUAUGGUUCGCCGCUAAAGAAAUAUACCUCCCUUGUUGUCACUCUUUGGUAUCGUGCACCAGAAUUGCUUUUAUGUUCUCCGGAAUAUUCCACACCCAUUGAUAUUUGGUCGGUGGGUUGUAUCUUUGCUGAAUUUUUACAAAUGGCUCCCAUAUUUCCCGGGAAGACGGAGGUGGAUGAGCUAAAUAAAAUAUUUAAGGAACUUGGUACCCCCAACGAAAAAAUCUGGCCCGGCUACAAUGACCUGCCGCUGGUGAAGAGCAUGCUUAGCCAAAAUUCCCAAUUUGCCGAUUACCCAGUGUCAAGUUUACGCAAACAUUUUGCCGAUAAAACCAGCGAAACCGGCAUCGAUCUGCUACAGGGCCUACUCACCUAUAAUCCCAAACAACGACUAACAGCGGAUGCGGCCCUCAAACAUCAAUAUUUCAAGGAAUUACCUGUACCCAUUGAUCCAUCCAUGUUUCCCACCUGGCCGGCCAAAAGUGAAUUGGGUGCACGCAAGGCCUUGGCCUCGUCACCUAAGCCACCCAGUGGCGGCAGCCAAUUUAAACAACUGGGUCGGGAUGAUGUGGCCGGUGCUGGCAGUGGCGGCAAAAUUAUUUCCGGUAUUAUAACCGGCAAUAAAAAAUCCUCUGCCAAUACAGGUUUUGUGCUAAAUGCGGGGAUAGAUCAACGGCAAUUGGCCAUGGGUCCGGGUUUUAGUUUGAAAUUUUAG